CGGCGACGGCGAGACCACUCACCAUUACAACCAACCGCCGAGCUCACAUCACACAGCACCCACCUUUUCAGCCGGCUCACUGCCGCAGAACCACACAGGCAGCAAAAGAGCCCUUCACAUCACCACCGUACCUCCACUCGGUCGACGACGACCAAGCUCCGUUCCACCGCCAUGUCGACCACCAGCGCCAGCGAGAACAAGCAAGCCCAGCACCAGCAGGCGAGGCGCCCGGCGGCGGUGGUGUCCUCGGCCGCGGACGACGCGGAGAUGCAGAGGGUGUUCGCCCGCAUCGACGCGGACGGCGACGGCCGGAUCUCCCCCUCGGAGCUGGCCGCGGUGUCGCGCGCCAUCUCCCCGCCGUCCAGCUCCUCGCACGGGCGCCGCGAGGUGGCCGCCAUGAUGGACGAGCUGGACACGGACCGCGACGGCUUCGUGGACCUGGGCGAGUUCAAGGCGUUCCACGCGCGCGCCCGCGCCGGCGGCGGCCGCGGCGGGGACAACGGCGGCAGCGGGGGGGACGAGCUCGACGCCGAGCUACGCGCCGCGUUCGACGUGUACGACGUCGACGGCGACGGCCGCAUCACGGCGGCCGAGCUGGGCAAGGUGCUGGGCCGCAUCGGUGAAGGGUGCAGCGCCGAGGAGUGCCAGCGGAUGAUCGCCAGCGUCGACACCGACGGCGAUGGGUGUGUUGGGUUUGAGGAGUUCAAGAAGAUGAUGUGCCCCCAGCAGCCCCAAGCCGGCGCCGGCGCCGACGCCGGAGCCGCCGGGCCGGACAAGGCCAAGAAGGAGUAACGGCAGUGUGUUCAGGUCUUCAGGGAGAAGGACUGGAGUGUGUCUCUGCCUCUGGCAUUAUUUUCACCUAGGCUGGAGGAAAUACUCCUGCAGUAAAAGUGUAAAACUACUGUACUUGGGAAUAAAAAUUCUCCAUGACUGUCAUGUAGACGUAGGAGUAGUUAUAUAUAAUGUAUUAUUACCCAUUUCAUCUAUAGUAUUAUACUGUGGCGUACUAGAUGCAUGUA